AUGCGUGCAGCCUUAUUGUGGACAGUUAGUGAUUUUCCAGCAUUAGCAAUGCUUUCAGGAUGGAGCACCAAGGGAAAAUUGGCAUGCCCCACUUGUAAUUAUGACACAUGCUCUCAAUAUCUCAAACAUAGUCGUAAGAUGUGUUACUUGGGGCAUCGUAGAUUUUUGCCUUCUGAUCAUCCAUUGCGAAAAGAUAAGAAGUCGUUUGAUGGUAAGAAGGAGCAUAGACCUGCACCUACACCUUUGUCGGGUAUAGAAGUGCUUGAAGAGCUACAUGAAUUCAACAAUGUGUUUGGAAAGGAAAAGAAUAUAUGUGACAGUUUGCUUGGGACUUUACUGGAGAUAGAUGGAAAGUCAAAGGAUCAUGUAAAUUCUCGCUAUGACUUACAAGAAAUGGGGAUACGAAAGGAGCUACAACCAAUAGAAGAUAAUGAUAGAAAUGUAAGUUUGGCUCAAGCUUGUUUCUCCAUGAAGCCCGAACAGAAAAGGUUGUUUUGCACCGUCUUGAAAAAUGCCAAAUUACCAAAAGGGUGUGCUUCUAAUAUAUCACAUCGUGUGCAAGUGAAGGAGAUGAAAAUAUCAGGGUACAAGAGUCAUGAUGCUCAUUUUAUAAUGCAUUACCUGCUCCAGGUUGCCGUUAGAAAAGUGCUGCCCAAGAUUGUUUCAUUAACCUUGAUUAGAUUGGGCAAUUUCUUUAGAGCUAUAUGUAGUAAGGUUAUAAGUAGAAGAGAUCUUGAGAAAUUGGAUUCUGAAAUUGUUGAAAUAAUAUGUGACCUGGAAAGGAUUUUUCAUCCAGCAUUUUUUGAUAUAAUGCCACAUUUACCUAUUCAUUUAGUGAAUGAAAUUAAGCUUGCGGAUCCGACUCAUCUUCGCUGGAUGUAUCCCAAUGAGAGGCACAUAUGUAAGUUGAAGACGUUCGUUCGUAAUCGAUCUUGUGCAGAAGCAUCAAUAGCAGAGGGUUUUUUGGCUGAAGAGUGCUUGACCUUUUGUUCAAGAUACCUACGCGAUGGUGUGAAGACAAGAUUCAGUAGGUACGAGACUGAGGAUGAUGAAUGUGCUCAGAAUUUGUCACCUAUAUUCCAUAAGAUAGGUCAUCCAAUUGGAAUUGAGAAGAAAAAGGAUUCGACUUUUAUAAUGGAUCCACAGUUACGUUAUGAGGCACAUCGAUAUGCCUUAUUCAACACUGGAGAUGAACAAGUUGAAAAGUUUAUCGAGGAACAUAAGAAUGUAAUCAGUAAUCAUACUAGAUCAAACGCAUGGGCAAGAGCAAGGAAUCAUAGUCGGGAAUUCAGCAGUUGGUUUGAAGAGAAAGUUAAAAAUGUUGAAGUACUCGAUUAUCUAAUAUGGCUAUCUAGAAUGCCUAAUGUGGUGGGAAAGAGAUACACUGCAUAUUUCAUUAAUGGAUACCGAUUUCAUACAAAAAGUCGGGAUGCCCCACGAAAGACUCAAAAUAGUGGAGUGACGCUAGCAGCAACAACAGAUAGUUUUGCUAGUUCUAGGGACCAAAAUCCCAUAGAUGGAGAGGUUAUUUAUUAUAGAGUUAUUCAAGAUAUCAUUGAGAUUGAUUAUUAUGGCCAUUUUAGUGUUGUACUGUUUAGAUGUGAUUGGUUUCAUAAUGAAGUAGAUGAAUAUGGGUUAACUCGGGUAUACUUCAAUAAGUUAUGCAGUAAAGAUGAUCCUUUUGUGUUGGCAUCACAAGUUCAUCAAGUUUUUUAUGUGGCGGAUCCAGUUGAGAAAGAUGUUUAUUAUGCAAGGAAUAAAGUCCCUGUUGAUUUGUAUGAUCUAGAGAAAGAGAAUUGUCCUAAUAUAGGAGACACAUUUUGGAGGGAGCCUAAUGAUGACACUGGUCCCUCAACUAGAUUAGAUGAAGGUGACGUUAGAUGGUCAAGAGAAGAUGUGCCCGCUGAUGUCAUUGAUAUUCCAUCUAAUGCACAACAUUCAGAAGAAACAAUUAUGGAAACAUCGGAAGAGGAGGAUGAGUUCGAUGAUGCUGAUUGGGAUUCCAUGGAGGAAAAUGAUUAG